AUGAAGAAACUAGCCAAGAGAGUUAAAUCGAUUCGGGCUGGGCCUUCGUAUUACGAUUAUGGUUUACUAAGGGAGAACGAAGAAAGGUUGAAGCCCAUGAACACUCCCACGGGGACAUUUCCAGUGUACGUGGGCGAAAAACGGGAGAGAUUCGUGGUCCACAGGAACCACCUUUCUCACCCGUUGUUCAAGAUUUUGCUUGACAAGGCCCGGGAUGAGUUUGGGUUCGGGCAGAGGAGCGGGCUGGUCUUGCCAUGCAGCGUGGGCGCGUUUCAGGAGAUUAUGAUCGCCGUUGAAAAUAGCAACGGGUUCGAUUUUGGGGAUUUGGUCGGGGAAUUUCUUUAG